UUUUGGGCUUGCUAAUCAAUAUAUAUCAGGUCCUGUUUUAACCGCUAAUCUAAUAGUUAAACUUCCAUAGAAGAAGUCGUAUGAAAGGGGAUCGGCAUAGUAUUAGAAAGGAGAAUUUCUCUUCUCUUUGCAUUCUCACUUUCCGUGGAGUAGGAAUAACUGUAGGAAUCUGAUGCCAUAUUAGCUAACGACUUUUCACCAAGAAUUGAGAGAAAAUGGAGAAGACAAUGGACUCAACAUCGGCCAAAAUUCACGCCAUCUCCUCGGUCGUGGUCGCCACCAUCAUGGCCAUCGGAAUGAUCAUCGCCGCCGUUAUCUUAGCAGGUGGCGACUAUGGUCGAGACCUGAACCGGUGCACGAGCACGAGCGGAGGGGGAGCCUUGAAAGCUAUGGACAAAAACGUGGUCAUGAACGUAAUGAUGCUUGAUGGGAAGACAGAGAUAGGUAUGCAGAGAGCACGAUACGACUACGAUGCUAACACGAUCUUGGUCGAAACUCCUACGAACAUGACCGGCUUUAGAGAAGCAACCGUCGCCAUCGACUUCACAAGGUCCAUACUUUUCACUGACGUACACGGCCAGUCUCUUUGUUUGGCAUCAGCACUGCAUGGAGACAUGAUGGACAUGGCGGAUAUGUUUACAAACUUCAUGAGGGACGGAAAGCAACAGGCCAUCGACAUAGCAGCGGCGCGUAUUAAGGAAAUGAACUACGCCAUUCAAGGGAAAAUCUCCGCCGGUUACGUCACCAACUCUAACGGACCAAUCAUAAGCGCUCUGUGCACCGGAGAUGCCUCCUAUUGGACAGAACAGACUUCCGUGAUGGGAGGUGGGCGGAGAAAGCGUGCCGUGACAUUUGCAGGGACAAUACGAAUUUGCAUAUUCGGAUUCUGUUUCGACAUUGCGUUCGAUUCAACAGAUGAUAAUUAACGACUCAAAUUGUUGAAAAUAGAGUUUGAUAAAGCAAUAAAAAGGUCAUCUUCGGUUUUGGUACGGAAACAGCGGUUUGAUGGAAGAUAUCUGUACGCGACUUUGAAUCGCUCAUUACAUCUGAUUGUGCAUAUCAUGUGUUGCUCAAAGGAAAACCUUCUGUUGAUGCCUAUUUUGUGGCUAUUUCACAUGUGGCAAACCAGCGACCUAAGACAUCCUUGUCCUUCCAAAAAAAAAAAAAAAAAAAAAAAAA